UGCAAUCCUCCAUUUAUGAAAUUAUGGCCUCCUGUAGACAGCUUGAGCAUAUUUGGCUCUUUGGAAAUGGAUAAAAAAGCACCUUCUAGUCUUUUUGUUAAUGAUGGUUCAUUCAUGGAGAGGUUCAAACAGCUUCAGCCAGAGAAGGGAAAGGACCAAGAGAAGGUUAAAGGUGCUGUAGAGAAGGAAUCUAAACCCAAAACAAUUGUUUCUGGGACAACAACUCCUAAACCUUCUACUGGUAAAAUAACUAUGCAAUUUAAGGGUAAUAGUGCAAGCAAGACCCCUCAGCUUCCUUCAGGUGGAAAACUUGCAUUCAGCUUGAAACAGAAGUCAAAAAUUGUGGCUCCUCCUGUUAAGUUGGGUGAAGAUGAGGAGGAUGAAGAUGAAGCAGAUGCUGGGAAUGUUUCAGUUGACACAUCAGCGAAAAGACAGAAGUUGAAUCAACUGGAUGCCUCUGAAAAAUCAAAACAAAUGGAUGUUGCACCAACUUCACCGAGUGAUCCUACAGUGAAGAAAGUUGCAGACAAACUGGCAAGUUUUGUUGCCAAAAAUGGAAGGCAAUUUGAGCAUAUCACACGACAGAAGAACCCUGGAGACACACCAUUUAAAUUUUUAUUUGACAUGACUUGUUCAGACUACAAAUACUAUGAGUUUCGGCUCGCUGAAGAGGAGAGGGCUCUUUCACAGACCAGGGAUUCUGAAAUCUCUCCUAGUGGUGCUACAAGUACGUCAGCUUCUAAAUCCAGAAGUAGUUUUCAAAGUUUGCAUCAGCAGCAAUCAAAUUACCAAAUUCCUGCCUCAGCUCUAUAUGAAGCCACUGAUGAGCCUGGGGGUCCAAUGACUGCAGCACAAACAGCUUCAGCUGGAAGAACUGCUGCAGGUGAAUCUAGUGCUCCAGGAGGUACAGAUCCCAUAGCAAUGAUGGAAUUCUACAUGAAAAAGGCUGCUCAACAAGAGAAAAGGAGACAGCCUAAACAGUCCAAGGAUGAAAUGCCCCCACCUCCUUCCCUUCAAGGAGCUCCAUCAAAAAGAGGUCAUCACAUGGGUGACUACAUUCCACCAGAAGAGCUUGAGAAAUUCUUGGCUGCCUGUAAUGAUGUAGCUGCACAACGAGCUUCUAGAGAAACGGCAGAUAGGUCAAAAAUCCAGGCUGAUAAUGUUGGGCAUAAAUUGCUGUCCAAAAUGGGUUGGAAAGAAGGUGAGGGUCUGGGGAGCUCCAGAAAUGGCAUUGCAGAUCCCAUAUUGGCUGGUAAUGUAAAGAAGGACAAUUUGGGUGUUGGUGCUCACCAACCUGGGGAGGUGGCUCCUGAUGACGAUAUAUAUGAACAGUAUAAGAAGCGAAUGAUGCUUGGUUACCGUUACAGACCAAAUCCUCUGAACAACCCUCGAAAAGCAUAUUACUGAGCAACCUCAGUCAAGCUAGUUGUUUGUCAAGACCUAUCUUAGGAAAAGUAAGUUGGGAUUGAAACUACGUAUUAUACUCUUCAAGGAAUAUUAAACUGUAGUCUAUGACAGAAUGAAGUUGUCUAGAGCAUGCUAUUUGUGAAAUUGGCGUUCAAUGACAAAUUAUUCAUUUGUUUUUCA